CACAAUUAAAAAUUUAUACAUGAUUUCCAAAAUCCCUCUUAGAUUGUUAAGCACCAUCAAACCAUUGAAAAUGACAAGAGUAUUUGCUCCAUUCUGUACCCAAUUGGAGAAGGUCAAUAAAAGUAACUCCCCAAUCAUUACAAUAUAGCUGGAUAAAAGUUAGUGAAAAUAGUUGAGAAAGAAUUAAAAUACGAGAAAACCAAUUACGUUGAGGAUGACACAGCCAUUCAAUUCGUUGAAAAGGCCGGAUUCCAAUUGGUUGACGAUGAAGGCAAUCACGAAGUCACAUUAGAAAAGAAAGUAGGUGAUGUCAAAGUCAUCGUGCAAUUCUAAUCAAGACAACCAAAUUAAGAUGAAGGAUAAGAGGAAGAACCAGAAGAACAAUAGAACAAUAAGUAAAAUCAAGAUGAAGAAGAACAAUAAGAAUCACACACUGAAUAUGCCGAUUUCACAGUUUAUUUAUAAAAAAGCAAUGGACAAAUCUUAUGCUAUGAAUGCACCACAUCAUAAGGAGAAGUACCUCUCUUAUUCUAUCCCAAUAGGUUAAUGUUAACUUGGUUAGUUUGAUUAAGGACUUGGAGGCUCACAAGAAGAUUCCAAGAUUUGAGAGAGGAUUAUAAGAUUACUCAGGUCCAGAUUUCAUUACUUUAGAUGAGGUUCUUAUUACUAGUUAUUUUUAGAGAUUACAAUUGGCUUUGGUAGACUAUUUGAAAGGAUUUGGAAUCAACGAUGAAUUGGGAGCAUUCAUUGAACACUACUCAUUGGACAAAGAAUAAAGAUUGUACAUUUAAUGGUUGAACUCAUUGACAACAUUCUUGAAGAAUUGAGCAAAUUUAUUCAUUUGUUAUUGUAUAAUAAUU